AUGGCCCCGCUACUGGGAAACCGCGGCAUCCAGGUGUCCGUGCCGGUUGGCGGACAGGUGAUGAGUGUUAUUCUUUCCAUGAUAUCACUCAGUGUCCUUUCUGUAUUCCUCAGUAUGAAAGACCAGCCCCGUUCUCUGUUCGGAAAGGGACUCACUAAUGUUCCUACACAGCAAAAAGAGUGCUCACCGUCAAAUAUUGGCAGAAGCUUCCUUUCGUUGUAUGGGGUACGUAAUCUCCUCUACCAGCACUCUGUUUGUUGGAUUUUGCCAGCCCUGACUGACGAUAUCUUAGUAACAUUCGCGAUCUACUUGGUAUCAUAUUUAUUCGUCUUCGUCACGGCAUUAUUACAGUACUCAUUUGGAGUCAAUUCAAGUUAUGGCCUCUGCGAUGGAGCCAUCUUACUGUGUCUCGUCUGUUAUGUUCUCACCAAGGCACAGCUCAUCUACCUGUUUCUGGUCGAGAAAGCCUACAUCAUUCGGAACUCGCCAAAGCGGCGGAUGCAAUCGAAAUUGUACCUGUUCAAUUCUUUUGGCAUCAUAACCGUGUUCAUCGUGGUCAUAGUACUAAACUUUUACUACCGAAUUGUCAGAAUGGAAGAAGGCAUUUGCUACAUCGGAAUGAAGGGCCUCGGCAUUAUCCCCCUUAUCACCUUUGAUGGGCUUGCGAACACAUACCUGACGAUGAUGUUCCUUAUCCCUCUCAGAAAACUUUAUUCAUUCAAGAACAUGGCGAGGACGUCGGCAAAUAUCCGCCUGCGGAAUGUUGCUUUCCGCACAUUCAUAGGGUCGGUUUGCACCCUGCUGAGUAGCGCAGUAAACCUUACUGUUUUGGCGGCGCUAAACGGGGAACCGGGCUGGGUUUGCCUGAUGUGCUGCAACUGUGACGUGCUCUUCUCCGCCAUCGUUAUCUACUGGGUGACGUCCAAGGACAAUGCAGGCACUACGGAGACCAACUCAUCGCGCAAUGUCGGCAACGGGUAUGCGGAGAACAGCAUGGGCAGCGCGAUCCCCAGACCAACCCACCGUGCCGAGCGCGAAUACGAACCCUCAACCAGCGAUGAAGUCGUGCUUAUGACUCCUGGGAGAUCAAACCGAGGGCCAACUACUCGCGACGAUGAUGACAACAGCUCCAAGACGAGCAAUUCCAAGGAGAAGGUUAUCGUCGCCGCCACUAUCAGACCUCAGAGCAGCAUCGACGCAAGCAUUGACGCAAAUCGAAGUCCAGGAGAAGAUCUAUAUCGCCAAAAUCCCUAA